AUGCCUCAUAAGGAAGCUCAAGAGAAGGCAGUGUCGGCCUACAUCAACCAUCACUAUCCAGAUACCAAGGUCAUAUACAUUGGCACUACUAGCGACAAGCUCCGGGACUUCAUUUCCAAACCAGUAGAAAUCACAGAUAUUCGCUCCUGCUCCGAAGUCUUCACUGCCGACAAGAAUGGCUUCCAGUUGGUCCAUCGUCCCACCUCCUGCUCAUCAUGGGACGAAGAACAUAUCCGAGACAUCUACUACAAGGACUGCGAAGCUCUCCUCAAGGACGUCGUGGGUGCUUCCCGGGUGAUGCCGAGCAACCACAUCGUCCGCAAUCGCACAUGGCAAGACGCGAAGAAGGCUGCUGAAGCAGUCCGAGAGCAAGCAGGCGACCUCGCACCAGUUCCACUCAUGCAUCCUGUGAUGAAUGCUCAUGUGGAUCAGUCCUAUGAGGGCGCAGAGCAGACUAUACGGCAUCACCACGGCGACGAGAUGGCCGAGGAAAUUAUGAAGAAGAGAUGGGGUGUCAUCAAUAUAUGGAGACCUCUCCGUCCAGUCACUCGCGAGCCUCUUGCCGUGUGUGAUUUUCGCUCUCUCGACGAGCAAUCGGACCUCGUCGGCGUGAUGAGUGUCCUGCCUACUCGGGGUCAACAUCCCGUGUACGGAGGAAGUAACCCGAAAAACAGCACGGGAGAAAUUGAGCGAUGGGAAUUGGCCUACAAUCCCGCUCACAAGUGGUACUAUGCCUCCAACAUGCAACCCGAAGAAUGUUUGUUAGUCAAAUGCUUCGACUCUCUCACCGAUGGCACGGCACGAUGUACGCCACAUUCUGCUUUCACGACGGAGCAGGACGAAGGACCAGCAAGAGAGAGUAUCGAAGUUCGAUGUAUCGUGAUUUGGGAUUGAGACAUCACGACUCACGACUGACUGACUGAUGA